AGUCAUGGUUCGUGACGCUGACCUAUCUGAAAUAUAUUAGGUUUGUUCGAGGGCUUUCAAGCCAUUGCAUAUUCCGCACUCGUCUCUUUCAGUCCGGAUACUCUAAGCUGUUGAUCACACCCUAAACUACUUCGCAAGGUUAAGAAUGAUUAUGGAUCGUCUUUUCCUGGCUGUGUUUCUAUGUGUCAGCUUGCCGCCGCUUGUUUUCAGCGCCGAUUGGGACUAUGUCGUGGGUGGUCCAAAUGGCCCUGCAAAUUGGGAUAAGAUAUGCAAAGACGGAAAGAAGCAAUCUCCCAUCAACAUUGAAGUGGCCAAAGUAGAAUAUGCAAAGAUGGAGCCUUUUAAGCUCACCAACUACAACAUGAAGCCGACAGACGACUAUACCCUCAUAAACAACGGCCAUUCUCUGCAAGUUGGAUUCGCUGGGAAUUUUUUCAACGUUAGCGGUGGGGGAUUAGUAGGAACUUAUACCACCGUGCAGUGGCACCUUCACUGGGGAGAAAAUAAUAAUAAGGGAUCUGAACACACAAUGGACAAAAAGGCAUACCCUGCUGAGAUACACUUUGUCAGCUACAACACCAAAUAUCCAAACAUAAGUACUGCAGUUGACAAAUCAGACGGUCUUGCAGUCCUCGGUGUGUUCAUUGAGGUUGGAGGUGAAGAUAACGCAGCAUACGGAUUUCUGAAAUAUGCCAUGAACGUCACAAAAAAAUCGAACAUAACUAUUAUGCCAUUCGAGCUGAAACCGAUGUUUCCAGCAAUAGAAAGGUUUUUUCGUUACAAUGGCUCCUUAACCACUCCCGGGUGUUUCGAGAGCGUCACCUGGACAGUCUUCAAAGAGAGCGUCAAAAUAUCAGCGGCUCAGAUGGAGUAUCUGCGCAAGCUCAAGUUCACAGGCGGUGAACCGAUGGUUGACAAUUUCCGUCCAGUUCAGCCUCUCAAUGGCCGCAAAGUUAAAUACAGUGUCAACGAAACUCUUACUAAACCCACUAGUGCUUCAACAACAAAAGCAACAACAAAACCAGUUGCUGGUGCAGGCAUUAUUGACAUAAGCGUUGGUCUGUUCUCACUGAUGCUGUUGACCGCCCUGUUUGGUCGUUAACUUUCCGCGUCGCUCUGAUGUAAUUUUGUUUUUUUUUUUAAUUGUUUUGGCAAAUUUUAUUAUCAUCACUAUUGUUUUAGGCAAUAGUUGGUACACUUAAUGUGCUUUUGCUAAUGAAAUGUGAUUUUCUCGGUAUUUGGAAAAAGCAAUUAGUUGGGUAAGAGAUGAUUUGUAACUUUUAACCUUUUACCUUUGCCCAAUAUCUGUAAACUAAUUUGAAAGAGAUGACGUCGAUAGACCUGAUUCAUACAGACUUAUCUACUCGCUUAGCUCAUUUUUCCAUUUAAGGAUAAUAUGGACAAAUGCAAGGAUUCUAUAUUUUAUUCUUUCACCGGAUGAUUUCGUGCGACGUUUUUUGCGUGCUUUUUAAUUGUUGUAGUUCUACCACGAUGCUUGUAGGAGGAUAAUUUAGACUUAAAGUAAAGAUUUUGUAGCACGCACAAGAUGUUGACGUUGUGUUAUCUAAGUGGUAUCUUCUAAAAGAGCUUGAACAGAUUGCGUCAGUGACGACAAAGAAAUCCUGGUGAAUCAAAAGAUUUUAGAAGCAGUGAUAGCUCUUCGUGUGUUUUAAGACUACUUGUAUUUAGAGGCGUCCUUACAUAAUAAAAACGUGAAAUAACCAUA